GCAGAGGCGCAUGAUGCGGGCGAGGGCAAAACCCGUCCUCGGAUUUCAUUAACGGCAGAGGACUGAGAGAGAUGGGCGUGACAACGGAGUGUCUGGACUAGAUUGAAACACUCUUCUCCUGGAUUAAGAUCCGCGCUGUUUUCCGUAUAACUGAUGAUAACGGAGUGUGGCAAUGCAAACCACACGACGUGAUGCGCGUGCCGUCCAGUUUAACACAGCGAGUGAUGAAUUAACAGCACGACGCCCUAUUUUAAGGCCACACGGGGAUUGACAAGGCAAGGAUAUUCAAGGCAGUGGUCUGUAACAUCAUCAGUGCUGUGAGUGGUUCUUGUGGAUAUGGUUUUGGAAGGGAGCUCUGAAGCUCUUUGCCCUCCUCCAUCCCUGGAGCUGCGCCCAUCAUGCAACAAGAACCAGCCUUCUCCUCCUCUGGGCUCAGGAUCUCAGUCCCAUGAUGCUCUCUGCCCUGAGGACAAGGAGCCCAUCAAGUACGGGGAGCUGAUUGUACUCGGGCAUAAUGGUUCGCUAGCUAGCGGGGACAAGGGCCGCAGGAGAAGUCGGCUGGCCCUUUACAAACGGCCCAAAGCCAAUGGCGUCAGACCUGAUGUCAUCCACAAUGUCUCCACACCCCUGGUGUCGAAGGCCCUAAGCAACAAAAGCCAGCACAGCAUAUCCUACACACUGUCCCGGAGUCAUUCUGUUAUAGUGGAAUAUACACAUGACCCCAACACCGACAUGUUUCAGAUCGGCCGUUCUACAGAGAGCAUGAUAGACUUUGUGGUGACCGACACAGCGAGCAGUGGUGGUGGAGGACAGGGGCAGGGGGGUGCAAAUGGAGAGGGAGGACAGUCGGCCCAGAGCACCAUCUCCCGCUACGCUUGCCGCAUCAUGUGUGAGCGUAGUGCUCCCUACACAGCACGGAUAUAUGCAGCGGGCUUUGACUCUUCCAAAAACAUCUUCCUCGGGGAGCGAGCUGCUAAAUGGAGGACCUCAGAUGGUCUAAUGGAUGGACUAACGACCAAUGGGGUGCUGGUGAUGCACCCGGCAGGAGAGUUUGUAUCUGAACCUGCUCCAGGGGUGUGGAGGGAGAUCUCAGUAUGUGGGAAUGUUUUUGCCCUUCGAGAGACACGGUCCGCCCAGCAGAGAGGAAAACUGGUAGAGAACGAAUCAAACAUGCUUCAGGAUGGUUCUCUCAUCGACCUCUGCGGGGCCACUCUGCUUUGGCGAACCCCCAGCGGUCUUCGUCACACCCCGACUCUAAAACAGCUUGAGUCUCUUCGCCAGGAACUAAAUGCUGCCCGUCCCCAGUGCCCCGUGGGUUUCAACACGCUCGCCUUCCCCAGCCUGGCACAGCGCGCCACCAUUGACAAGAAACAGCCCUGGGUCUAUAUGAACUGCGGCCAUGUGCACGGCUACCACAACUGGGGAUAUCGUAAGGAGAAAGCGGGAUCAUCUGCGAUGGCAUUAACUGGGGGUGGAGGCACAGCUCCGGCUACCACAGGAGAGAGAGAGUGUCCCAUGUGCAGAGGGGUGGGCCCUUAUGUGCCCCUCUGGCUCGGAUGCGAAGGGGGCCUGUAUCUGGACGCGGGGCCACCGACACAUGCAUUCUGCCCUUGCGGUCACGUGUGCUCAGAAAAGACAGUGCAAGGCUGGAGUCAGAUCCCAUUGCCGCACGGAACGCAUGCCUUCCACGCUGCUUGUCCUUUCUGUGGAACAUGGCUUACUGGGGAACAAGGCCACAUCAAACUCAUCUUUCAAGGACCGGUCGACUGAGAGGAACAGCUACCGCACAUAAAGCAAGAUGUUGAGACUGAAUAACAGUAACGGAGAGUUUGCAUUGUGGAGGACAGACACAAAAUUAAGAACCUGUGAAUAAGGCAAGGAUGACAAAAAGGGAAUAUACUUUAUGUAAUGCAGAAUGUGUAAAUAAAAGUGAUGAAAUAAAAGUUGAAAACAUG